AUGACAUGCAACGUUAACGAGAUAGAUGAGGUAACACCGGGUGAAAUCAUUGCAGCCUCGAAUAUGAUUGGAAAUCGAAAGGCCCCCAGUCCUGAUGGCAAAGUGCAGAACCUAGUGCUGCUACCGAAACCGGGAAAACCACCAGGCUUACCUGGAUCAUAUCGGCCAAUAUGCCUCUUGGACAUCAUGGGUUUAAAGCCGCCGCCCAAGGAUGGCGUCACCAAAAGUAAUCCAUCGAAACGUCAUCGCGAACGCCUCAACGCCGAAUUGGAUUUGUUGGCCUCGUUGCUGCCAUUCGAACAGAAUAUUCUCAGCAAAUUGGAUCGACUGAGCAUUUUAAGGCUGUCUGUUAGUUAUUUAAGAACAAAAAGUUACUUUCAAGUUGUUAUGCAUAAGGAUAAGGAGGAGAAUGGCAUGUUGCCACACAUACACACACACGCACACGAUGGCUAUCGAACGCGCGAAUUGGGCGCCUUUGAGCAUGGCCUACUCGACGGUGAUAUGUUCCUGCAGGCCUUAAAUGGAUUUCUAAUGAUACUGACAUGCGAAGGCGAGGUCUUCUUUGCAACGCACAGCAUCGAGAGCUAUUUGGGUUUUCAUCAGUCCGAUAUUGUGCAUCAGUCCGUUUACGAACUGGUCCAUUCCGAGGAUCGUGAAGAGCUGCAACGGCAGCUAGGCUAUACGAUCGCGCCCAAGGACGACAAGUGGCAGGACACGGGGAAAUACUAUAGUGGCUAUAGUAGCGGGUAUGGCAGUCCCACAUCGACGCCACAGCAAGUUCCUCUGAAGACGCCAAAAUCCUCGCCGCACAUCAUGGAAGUGGUGUCAUGUUCAUCGGAUGGACCCUCGCCCAUAGAUGGCAGCGCCUCUGCUGCCGCCACCGCCGCUGCUGCUGCGGCUGCUGCAUCUGCGCACGCGGCCAGUGUGAGUGGCAAUACGAGCGCGACAACUAACGGUAGCGGUGGCGGUGGUGGCGGCACGACAAUUCCAAAAAUCGAACCCUAUGAGCGACAGACGGUGCUGAUGUGGGGCUCGCAGUCCAGUGGCAUACCGAUCAACAGCAUAAGCGGUGGCAGCGGUAGGCAUCAUCACAGCAACAGCGAGCGUUCGCCGCAGAGUACGCCAAUCACAAAUGGGCUCAGCUAUGCCAAUAACAACAACAACGAAAAUGAGGUGGUGAGCGCAAAGUGGAAUGGCUGCGCGAGCGCAAAAGAGGCCAAAAACGCGGUCACGCCCGACAACUAUCAGCUGCAGCACGAUGACUCGGGUCUAUAUUCUUCUUCCUCGCACACAACUUCGCCGCAGCAGCAGCAACAGCAUCAACAGCAACAGGUGCCGCCUCCAACUCAACAACAACAACAACAACCUGCACAAUCAACACAACACGCCAGCGGCAAUUCGAUCCUACUUAGCCAUCAACAACAGCAGCAACAACUGGAGCAGCAGCAGCAACAGCAGCUGGAACUGCAGCAAAUCAGCUAUGCCAAUCAGAUACAAACACUCCCCGGUUGCAACUCCAACGCCUCGUCUAGCUCAUCGCCCACAUGCCACUCGCCCAAUGGAGGUGGAAGUAACGGAGUUGCUGCCGCCACCGCUGCCACUGAGCACAUAGCGCUGUUAAAUGGCAGCGAUGCAGAUAUCGCAGGGGCAGUUGCCGUUAGUGCCGCCGCUACAGCUGCCUAUCAUCAUCACCAUCAGCUGACAAUCAUAGCGCCAAUAGUUAUCACUCCAGCGUCGAUGAUGAAUGGCGAUGGUGCGCUGCCAAUGAGCACAACGCUGCAGCCAAUACACGCCAGCGAAGCGAUCACCACAACAUCAGCAUCGGCGCUCAAUGGCAUCGAUGUGAGUAGCGGUGCGCUGAGGCACAAUCUGACGCAUCAUCCAUCCAUAGCGCAGCAUCCAUCUGCACAUCUAUUGUCACAUACAGCGCUAGCCUAUGCGCCGAACGCUGCCGCUACAGCGACAUACUUGAUUAGUGGCAGCAGCAGCAGCGGCAGCGGCAGCGGCAUCAGUGAGCCGAUAAUAGCAAAUGGAAAUCCACUUUGCUCCUUCUCGGAGGUCACUAAUACGCUGCUGAAUCAGUAAGUAAUAGGCGGAAGGUGGUGCAUAGAGAAGGCGUUGAAAAUAUUAGGUAAU